GGAGGUGGACAGAUGACACAGAGACUACAACAUUCAGAGAUAAAAUGACAGCUCCAACUCCAGAUUCCCUGGGCUCCCUUCCUGGUGAAGAUGAAAAGAACACCAAAGAUGCCAACAAUCAGACUGAACAUAAUACAAAAGCUUUUAAAGAACUUAAUGAAUCUAAACAAAGCAAACAUGCAAAGAACUCUGUCCUUAACAAUAAUGACAGUUGUUAUCCAGUUAAAAACGAAGUCAGUGAAAAAACAUUUCAUAUGCAGCCAAUUUCAGAUCCUUUUACAUCACCAGAUCAAACCCCUAAAACAGAGGACAUCAAACAGCUAGUAGAAGUGAAGAAUGACUCUAAAGCUGUUGGCCAUGCAUCUGACUCAUUACAGACCAAACAGACCAACAUGGCUGGAGUAGGGACAUCCAGUAGUGGUACUCCAGGGACCAGUGACACACAGGCCAGGAACACACAGCCUGCAUCAAGUGAAGGUGAAGGGACACACAGGACCACAUCAAGCACUCAGGGCACCAGUGAAAGACAGACGACUGAGACCAGGGACACGCAGCCUGAAGGAAGUGAAGGGGCCACAUCUAGCAUUCCAGGCCCCAGUGAAACACAGACCACUGAGACCAGGGAUACUCAGCCUGAAGCAAAUGAAGAAAAGACAAGAAUGGCACACAACAUGAUAUCAGACACUAGAGAAGAACACAAGGUGAGUGCCUAUACAUUUUGCUAACAGAACAUUUAACUAGUGCUAUUAAAGGGGACCUAUUAUGUAAAAUUCACUUUUGCAUGGUGUUUGGACAUAAAUGUGUGUUGGCAGUGUGUGUACACAACCACCCUAUAGUGAUAAAAAUCCACCCACUCCUUUUUUUUAAUCCCCAUAAAUCAUAAGCAGUGUCUCAGAACAAGCUGUUUCCAGAUGCCUGGCAGUGUGAGGUCACAAAAGCCACAGGCCCCACCCACGAAUGUUGACAGAAACUGCUGUUUGAAUGUAGAACCGCCCUGAGCGCGUUUACAACAAGUCAGCCAUUGCUGCUCUGACGAGAACAUCUCCCAAGCUUUUUAGGAUGGAUUAAUCCACAUAGCUCUCUCCUUUUACUACCAAAAUCUGAGCCGCUGAAGACGAGGUGGAUUCAUUAUGUUUUUGAAGAAAAUGCUCCCUCAACUCUACCGAAAUUUGUUUAUAUCUGUAUGAAUCACUU